AUAGGGCAGAGGGAGCUUAUAAAUUGGCCCUGGUAAAGGCUGGGGGAGCUGAGUCCCUGGGGACCAUGGCAGAGGCAUUCGGCCGUUCUUUCUCAUUAUCGCUGGUCCCAGAUGCAUUCGUUUCAUAUUUAUUGAGCACCAGCUGGGGUUCAGAGCUCUAAACGGGAGUAAAUGCUCCCCCGCCCUUGAGGACCAUUUCAGAAGGGAAGUGUCUUCCUAUCCUCACUAGUGGGCAGGGGCUCCCGGAAGGAGCAGGGCAGCUGUCUACCUUCUCCACAUCCUCAGUACCAGUGCCUUGUCUGGUUUUCAUGAUCUAAAGGGGUUGGGGCUUUAGGAGAUGGGCUGAAGUCAGGAUGGCCCAAAUGAGGCAGCAGCCUGUGAAGCGGGUCCCCAGCCUCAUCAGCUCAUGGCCACCCCCACGGACUGCUCCUGCACUAUAGCCGGCUGUGGCUCCCUGCUGCCCACAGGGCAGGGCCUAAAUUUCCUCGUCUGACAUUUAAGGCAGAUCCUAAAUUGGAUUCAGCCUGCUGUUGGGGCAAAGUCUGCCUAAAGGCUCCAGCUGCUUGCCUUCCUUUGUACCUUUGCAGAUUAUGCAGCUCUGACCGCUCCGCCCCACCCCAUCCCUGUUGGUGGGCCUUCCCAGCCUCCUUCCUUCCCCUGGUUCCUCUUUUUCUUUUUGAGAUGCGAUCUGGCUCUUUGGCCCAAGAUAGCCUUAAAUUCCUGAACUCAAGUGAGCCUCUGGCCUCAGCCUCCCUAGUAGCUGGGACUACAGGCCCAUACCCAGCACUGUUACAGGCUGAUUACAGAUCUGCACCCCUCACUUCCACCCCCAGGGGUUGGCGUCAGCUCCGCUGUUCCAGCAUGGAGCACUUGCACAAGCUGCACGCCCUCACCUGCACACCCAGAUCCUUACCCAGACCUCGUCCCCAGCGUCCCCCACCUGGCCUUCCUGUCCUCUGCCUGCUUCAUCUCCAUCGAAGCUCUCGGCUUUCCCUCUGCGGAGCCUAAAGCGGCCACCCUGGGGGCCAUGCAGAGGGCUGGGGCGGGCGGCCGAAGGGCCUCGGACUGUGGGCCCACCCUUUACCGGCCCAGGUGCAUCACCAAAUUCGCCCAGUAUGUGGGCUCCUUCCCUGUGGAUGACCUGGAUGCGCAGGAGGGCGUGUGGCUGGUGCGGCAGCAGCUGUGGGCGCUGAAGGACUGUCCCCGACGCCGAGCAGUCAUCCUGAAAUUCAGCCUGCAGGGUCUCAAGAUCUACAGCGGGGAGGGAGAGGCACUCCUGAUGGCCCAUGGCCUGCGGCGCAUCCUCUACUCUACCUGGAGCCCAGCCCGCUGCCAGUUUGCCUUUGUUGCCCGGAACCCACGAAGCCCACCCAGCAGACUCUUCUGCCACCUCUUUGUGGGCAGCCAGCCUGGAGAGGUUCAGAUUCUGUACCUGCUGCUGUGUCGCUCCUUCCAGCUCGCUUACCUCUUGCAGCACCCUGAAGAGCGGGCACAGCCUGACCUUUCCCCCGGGCCUGCAGGGGACGUGUCCCCGAAGCCACUCUCCAGCCCUGGGGUCCCUGCUACCCUGGUGCGGGAGCCCUUCAGCCAUAAUCAGCUCACGCAGAACGUCCAUGCCCUGGUCUCCUUGCGGCGGCUGCCAGCAGAGGAGCCAGGGGGCACUAGUGGGAAGGAGCUGUCCGAGUCGGAAGGCCGCAGUGCCCGCCACGCCCGCCUGGGGAACCCCUACUGCUCGCCCACACUGGUGCGCAAGAAGGCCAUUCGCAGCAAGGUGAUCCGCUCUGGGGCCUACCGGGGCUGCACCUACGAGGCCCAGCUGCAGCUGUCAGCGAGAGAGUCCUAUCCUGCUGCAUGGGAGGCGUGGCCCCGCAGUCCUGGUGGGCCCCCGUGCCUGGUGGAGAUCGAGGGCAGCCUGACAGAGAACAUCUGGGCUUUUGCCGGCCUCUCCAGGGCCUGUGCACUCGCUCUGCUGCGGAGGGAUGUGGUUGGUGCCUUCCUACUGUGGCCUGAGCCUGGCGCCAGCGGCCAGUGGUGCCUGUCUGUGCGGACACAGUGUGGUGUGGUGCCCCACCAGGUCUUCCGGAACCACCUGGGCCGGUACUGCCUGGAGCACCUGCCGGCAGAGUUCCCCAGCCUGGAGGCCCUGGUGGAGAACCACGCUGGGAUGGAGCACAGCCUGUUCUGCCCCCUGGACAUGGGCCGCCUGAACCCCAUCUACGAGGAGCAGGAUUGUGGGCCCGAGGGCAGGCCCCCCCGGACUCUGCGGCCCCUCAGCCACGCCAAGUCUGAGGCAGAGCUGCUGGGCCUGGGUUAGGAAGUGGGCCCUGAUCACAGGCCAGUCUGGCCCUGGCUCCAGCCGCAGGAGCUGCUCCGCCCUUCUCACACCCCAGCGGCCGCCAUCUCUGUCGGUCUCUGUCCCCGGACCAGUCUUCCAUCGCUUCACUGCCUGCAGGAGGGGAGCCCUGAGAUUGCGUGUGGGGCUCGCCCAGAUCCUAGGAGGAGCAAGUGGAGCUCCAGGCUUCCUGGAACUUCGGGGUGAUGGGGGUGCUUGUCUUGCAGGCUAACGCUUUGCUCCUUGCACAAGAGCUUUUCACUGGGUGAGUGGUACAGCCCUCUCCCCAGGAGGCCAGGCCUUAGUCCUUGCCUGGGAGGCUCUGGAGAGCUCCUGGCAGGAAACCAGACCCAUGGAGUGUGAUUCCUGGCCCCCGAGCUUUUUCCUUCUGGCCCAGGAGCGCCCAGCACAGAGCUGCCCUGCCCAGCUCACCCUGCAGACCACCUUGGUUUGAUGGCUACCUCAGACAGCCACCUGAUCCUGGUGUUUCCUUUGAUAUAGGCCUGGCCGUGGUGUCAGGGCCACCUUUCUCACCAAGCCAGGCCCAUGGGGAUGAGACAGAACAGAGUCCCCAAAGGUAGAGAGCCCUGUCAGAGGAGCUGGGCCUCAGCAGGCGGGGGAGAGCUGGGGAAGCCAUUGGAGUGGAAGGAGGUGGCCGUUCCGGUGCCUGAUGAGUCCAGGCAUCACCUUCGUAAGACUUGGCAGAUAAAUAUGAAUAUACCCAGCCAAGCCGUGGGACAAGUUCAUUUUGGAUGAAAUUGUAUUCCUGAGGCCGAGCCAGGUUAGGAGUCUUGGAACCACCCUCUCUGCCAUCAGGGUGUGGGGGUCUGCUGAUCAGUGCCUUGGAAGUAACAGAUUUCUGACUGGGCAGGGGGGCAGCCCCAACAGAACGGAGAGGAGGCAGGCACGCCUGAUGUCCCAGCUGGCAGCCCCCGCUAGGACAUGAUCUUAGCUAGGGACCUUACCACUUUGAGUCAGGUGCCACUAGAACUAGAGGAAUGUCCUUUGGGGCUCUUUUCACUGGAAACGUUGCACUGACUGCAUGCUGAAUGUGAGUGGGCAGCUGGCACUCCUCUAGCCACCUGUGCUGGAGCCCACCCUUCCUGGGCAGAGUGCUGGUCUCUGGGGGAGCCUCUGGCAUCACUCCCCCAGCAGGGAGAGGGUUAGGGAAAUCCCACACCUAGGACUGCAGCUCCAGAGACCGGCACUUAAGGAAGCCUGGCGAUUGGCCAGCACUUGGGCCAGACUGUCUUUGGGAGGGGUGGGGCGUGCUAUGGACCAGCUAAGAGGGGUGGAGAUUCAGCAAGCCCCCUAGCAUCCCUCCAAGCAGCGUUUGUGGAUCACGAGUUACAGACAGGGCAGGGGUUUUGCCCAUGGGUGCAGGUCCCUGUGUCUUACUCACAAACCACAGUUUUGUCUUUGUUCCAGCUAGCACCAUCCAGGAAGCCCAACUUUCCUUACUGUGUGGACUGUGAGACAAAUAAAAUGCAUUUCUUCUGA